AUGACGCCGGUAAUGCUCACCGAGCAGGAGCUCGAUGAGAUUUACACCUUUGCUGUCCAGCUUGGCAAAGAUGCAGGCAAAAUGCUUCUCGAGGCUGCCCAGCUGAGAUUUACUGGCACUCAAACAGCCGAUUUGGAGGUUGAGGAGAAGGAUAGUUCGGUAGAUAUCGUAACCAAGACAGACGAAGAUGUUGAAGCCUUCAUCAAAUCUUCCAUUGAGGCGAAAUACCCCCACCACAAGUUUAUCGGCGAAGAGACAUACUCCAAAGGCGCGUCCCGCUCCUACCUGGUCUCCGAAACCACACCCAGCUGGUGUGUCGACCCACUAGAUGGAACGGUCAACUAUACGCACCUCUUCCCCAUGUUUUGCGUCUCUAUCGGCUUCAUCGUCGCCGGUAGGCCCACCAUUGGCGUAGUCUAUGCGCCAUUCCUUAACCAGCUUUUUACCUCUUGCCGGGGCAGAGGUGCUUGGCUUAACGAAACCCAGCGGCUUCCCCUGAUUAGGAACCCAAUACCACCCAUGCCAGCGGACGCUCCAAGUGGCUGUGUUUUCUCGUGCGAAUGGGGCAAAGACAGAAAAGACAGACCCGACGGCAACCUCUACAGAAAGGUGGAAAGUUUUGUGAACAUGGCAGCGGAAGUGGGAGGAAGAGGAGGAAAGGGUGGCAUGGUGCACGGCAUCAGGAGUCUAGGGAGCGCAACCAUGGACCUCGCCUACACGGCCAUGGGGGCGUUCGAUAUCUGGUGGGAGGGCGGAUGCUGGGAGUGGGAUGUGGCGGCCGGUGUUGCUAUCCUCCAGGAAGCUGGUGGGCUAGUCACGAGCGCCAACCCACCCAAGGAUAUAGAGACGGCAGAAAUACAGGAAGUGAAGCUGGGAAGCAGACUGUAUCUUGCUAUACGGCCAGCAGGGCCAAGCAAGACCGAGACGGGGAGGGAGGGGCAGGAACGGACUGUUCGAGAAGUAUGGCGACGUGUGAAAGCAUUGGAGUAUGCAAGGCCGGGAGCGUGA